AUUUCCCACCCGUGUUACACGCACGCCUCCACACUUUGUUUUGUUUAACCUCUUCUUAACUCUGGACGUACAUUGAAAAUACCCGGUACACGCAACCCUAACUCAAAACGCCGGACAUUUGAGGCAUUUAAGAAACCCCGCCCGGACAUCCCCGCAAAAGAGGACAUGUCCGGGGAAAAGAGGACGUAUGGUCAGCCUAGACAAGAGGCCGCUAACACACAAAAAGACACAAACCGAAGCUAACUGAGAUAAGAAGACGCCAACAGAUGCUAACAGGGACAAAAGGACACCAACAAAAAGACGCUACCGGGUACAAGAAGACACUAGCAGACGCUAACAGUGACAAGAAGCGAAGUGGCGAGAGAAGCACGCGUGCGCGAUUAUUCACGCGCCACUGGGAGUCUGCGUGCGUGCGUGCGCGUGAUGGAGGAGCAGCAGCGGCUGAUGCGCGCUCACGUUGACGCUCAGGCGCGGGUCGGCAUGGACGGAAGUGGAAGUGGAAGUGGAAGUGGAGACAUUGGAGACAUUUUACAUGAAAUUAUGACCAUCACGGACCAAAGUCUGGACGAAGCUCAGGCCAGGAAACACGCUCUGAGCUGUGACCGCAUGAAGCCGGCGCUCUUCAGCGUGCUGUGUGAGAUCAAAGAGAAAACAGUGCUGAGUAUCCGCGGCCCUCAGGAGGAGGAGCCCCCCGACACCCAGCUCAUGAGGCUGGACAACAUGCUGCUGGCAGAGGGCGUGUCCGGGCCGGACAAGGGCGGGGUCUCGGUGGCGGCGGCGGCCGCGGCGGCGGCGGCGGGGGGCGGAGUCGCCACCGACAACUCCGUGGAACACUCGGACUACCGAGCCAAGCUGACUCAGAUCCGACAGAUCUACCACACCGAGCUGGAGAAGUACGAACAGGCGUGCAGCGAGUUCACGAGCCACGUGAUGAACCUGCUGAGGGAGCAGUCGCGCACCAGGCCCAUCUCGGCCAAGGAGAUCGAGCGCAUGGUGACUAUCAUCCAUCGCAAGUUCAACUCCAUCCAGAUGCAACUCAAGCAGAGCACGUGUGAAGCUGUCAUGAUCCUGCGCUCACGCUUCCUGGACGCCAGACGCAAAAGACGAAACUUCAACAAGCAGGCGACGGAGAUCCUCAACGAGUACUUCUACUCGCACCUCAGUAAUCCUUACCCCAGCGAGGAGGCCAAAGAGGAGCUGGCCAAAAAGUGCGCCAUCACUAUGGCACAGGUUUCCAACUGGUUUGGCAACAAAAGAAUCCGAUACAAGAAGAACAUUGGUAAGUUCCAGGAAGAAGCCAACGUGUACGCCGCCAGAACCGCCGUCAAUGCGGCAAACGCGUCGUCGUCGUCGCACAGAAGCCGAGCAAAUUCUCCCGCCACGCCAAACUCUGCAGGUUCCACGGCGUCUUUUAACGCGUCCAACUCGGCCGACCUCUUCACCAGCGUCCAGCCCCUCAAUGGCGACACGUACCAGGCGGCUCAGGUGGGCGCCAACAUCCAGUCGCAGGUGGACAGUCUGCGUCAUGUCAUCAGUCAAAGGGGCGUGUACAGCGAGGGCCUGUCAGCCAAUCACAUGUACAGUCCUCAAGGCCUCAACACAAACGGCUGGCAGGACACGCCCACCCCGUCCUCAGUGACAUCACCCACAGAAGGACCCGGAAGCGUCCACUCAGACACGUCCAACUGAUGUCCGACUGGGACCAUUUGUACUCUUUCACAUCCUUUUGAUUGACACAUUUCACUUCCUGUCCUGUCUUUUUCAACUUCCUGUUUGGGUCUUUGUUGACAUUCCAAACACGUCGGAGACUUUGACACCUUCAAAAUGUGACGUUUUGUUUUUUGUUUUUUUGUACAAGAAUGAAUGUUUCUUGAAACUUGUGGGCGGAGUCACUGUGACGUCAUGUCCUGCUUGAAGAGGAGCUAAAGAAAACAAUCCCAAUAAAGACUCUUUUUACCGUGUGGAACCAGACAGAAUGUUGGAUUUGUUUACUUAUUGCAUGUCUUUGUAUUGCUAGGACAAGAAAACAUUCUUCUUUGUUUGCUGUUCUCAGAGAAGUUGUUUUUUUUACAA